GAUUUUAUAACAACUCAAGUUAUUUAAAUUUGUUUUAGUUUGGAAAUAAAAUUAUUUGGCAUUCAAUUGUUGUUAAAUUAUUUGUUUAAAACUACAACAUAAUUAUGGCUGAAUGUUCAGUGUAUUGUAGUGAUUCCGGUUAUAUUUGGAAGGGUAAAGAUUCAACGUGUGAACCGUUGACAAACAGUUUAGGUAUUCUGUUAUUAAAACGUUUACAAGAACGUCAAAAUGAAAUUUUCACUAUUGAUCCAGACACUGAUACAACAUACACGUGUGGUGAAAUUCGUGAAUUGGCCGUAAGAUGUGCAAUCGAGCUAAGAUCACGUGGCUUGAAAAAGGGUGAUGUGAUUACGAUUUGUGUCAAAAAUCAUCGGUACUCUACAGUUCCAUUUUUAGCAGCUAUAUUUUUGGGAGUAACUGUUAGUGUGAUGCACGAGAUUUUUAAUAAAAGGGAAAUGGAACGUUUAUUAGUAUUAUUUAAUUCGAAGAUGAUAAUCUGUGAUUCAAACGUCCAACAAAAAUUACAAGAAGUAUGUGAUGAAAUGAAUUUGAAAAUUCCUGUUGCAUUAAGCGAUACAGACUUUGAAAAUAAUUUUUGCAAACGCUCAGAUCUUGAGACAAAUUUUGAAGCUGUUGAUGUCGAUGUUGACAAAGAUAUUUUAAUUUUAUUGUGUUCCAGUGGAACAACAGGAUUUAUGAAAGGUAUUGGACACACUCAUAAAACUUUUUACCAUGCAGUAUGUGAUACAAGCCACGUUAUAAAUAAAGAUGACCGUUUCCUUUCAUAUUCUCCUUUGGUUUGGAACUCUCAAGCUUGGCAAAUUAUAUGUACAGUACUGUUCGGAUCAAUUCGUAUAGCAGCUAAUUGGACGAAUUCAACAAACGCUCUAAAAUUUAUUAAAAAAUACAAGGUAAAUUACAUGAUUUCGAAUCCUAACAAAUUCAUGGAUAUUUGCACAAAUCCUAAUUUUGAAGACUAUCCAGAAGUCAAAAAUUUACGUGUUGCUUGGACACGUGGUUCUCCAAACACUGAAGAACAAAUGCAUUUCUAUCGAUCGAAAUUACCAAAGACUCAUGUUAUGAAUGCAAUCGGAUGUACUGAAAUGUCUAUGAUGAUAGCGUACUUUGAUUCAGUUACAGAAUACGAAUUAAACAAGUCCAAAGUAUGGUCUGUGGGACGAUUGUGUCCAGGUGUACAAGCUAAGAUUGUGGAUACUGCUACAAGAACCAAAUCUCUAGGACCCAAUCAAGAAGGUGAACUACUAUUGAAAGCAAAAUGCAUGUUUUCUGGUUACUACUUGAACCCUGAUGCUACUAAGAAUGCUUUUACUGAUGAUGGGUGGUAUAUUACUGGUGAUUUAGCAAAGUUUGACGAUGACCAAUGUUUAUACAUCGUGGGUCGCUUAAAAGAAAUUUUAAAAUAUAACGCGAUAAUGAUCUCCCCGUCCGAAAUUGAAUAUAUAAUCAAUCAACAUCCAGCUGUAAAGGAUAGUUGUGUAAUGGGCUUUCCACAUCCAAUUUCUGGAGAUUUACCUUUAGCAUUUGUUGUAAAACAUCCCGACGUACAAUUAACUGAAGAUGAUGUUAUUAAGUUGGUUGAAAAAAAUGGGUCAGAUCCACAAAGACUUCGCGGUGGUGUUGUAUUUUUGCCAACUUUACCGUAUACUGCAACUGGAAAAAUACGUAAAAGUGAAUUAAAAAAGGUCAUUGAAGAAUUGGUGGCCAAACGCACUUAACAAAUUGAAAUGAACGUACAUGUUAACAUAAAAAGAACAGACUUAUUUUAAUAAUAAAUUUGUUACAAAAUU